UCGCUAUUCUACCAUUGGACUACAUGGAACAGUACCAACUUUUUCCCAAGGGAGCCAGCAAAGCGAAAAGUACGGCUUCCUCGAGCAAGAAGACCGUAGCCCCGGACGGGGGGCCCGCGAAGGCUGCGCCAGGCUUGCCGGCCAUGUUCGACAAACUGGGGCGUACUCCUGACCGGGGCCAGCAGGCCGCAGCAAGCCAGCAAGACAGUGACGCGGAAACCUUUAACCCGACAGUCCAAAACGCGGAUCAUCUGAACCAAGAGUCCGUUUGGCUCGAUCUGGAUGUCAACGCCGACAACAAGCUCGACCGGGAGGAGCUGCAGCCGGGCGUUGAGACCAACGACCUGUGCCUCUCGCGGGAGAUGCUGGUGGAACGGCUGCAGCUGGAGAACGACCUGUUUGUGACGUUGGUCAAAAUGCUGAACUUUUUCAUCUACUUUCUCUUCUUCCUGGUUGCCAUCUACAUCUUCUACCCCGGUGCGCAUGUCGCCAAAGUGCACGAGUUUCUCUUGGACCACUUCGACAUCGGGCAGGAGUCGCUCCGUGAAAACGUCGUAUCAAUCGCGGACCUGUACGGCUUCAUGUCUGACUUCGACAAGCAGAAUCGGGCGCUGCGGCCGACCGACAAAACGUACUUGUGCGACCCCCGGUUCCUCAACCUUCCCCUGGGGUUGACCCAGUCGGGCAAGCGACACGCGGAACACUUGGCGGAGCUCGAGGCGCACCUGCGGAGACUGAAGCAGGUAGAACGUGAAUUGGACCAGUAUAGCAAGGCGAGAAACCUUGUUCGAGAUGAUAUUGACGAAGCAGCUGCGGGCAAAAGUGCUGACAAUUAUGCAGAAAAUGGUGUAAAUUGAGCGGAUUAUGAUUACGAAGCGAAGAAGCAGGAGCACAGUCGUAUUCUGCAGCUGUCCGAGGACUUUAUCGAGGAGUACUUUGGCGACUCGCCCUGGGUGACGAACGUGGACAAAAUGAACAGUCUGACCAACGUGUAUUCCCGCCCAAACACGCUGGGCAAGGACCUGCAUGGGCACGAUUGGAAGCUGUACGACUGCGCGAUUCCGACCUUUCCGGAGAUCAGGGAUUUUGUGGGCACCCUGCACAAGCGCAUGAAGGCCGCGGGCGUGGACGCGAACGUGCGGUCGAGCUACACACCGUUACCAGAGAACAGCUACGAGCGGAAUGGUCCGUCAGGCGGCGCUCAUCGCCGGAAUUUGAACGCCAUUGACCCGCAGACGGGGGAACUCCUGCGCACGGAAGCGCAACUCACGGAAAAGGAGAAGUCGGCGAGCAGCUACCAACUGCGGAAGCUGUUGCGCAAAAACGGCUUGAAUGUGAAGAAAAGUCUCAGAAUUUUGAGCGGAAAUCAAGAGGGCGACGCCAGUAACUCUCUGACGCUCGACGAGAUCGCGCGCAUGCCUGAGGCGCAGUUACGCAAACGGAUCCUCGAAACCGGCGAAGAGGUCAGGGACAAGAGCAGCAGAAGUGCAGCAGGACCCACGAUUAGUGCAAACGAAGAGGGCCGCGAGGACUACCUUGACGACAGAACCCCAGACAGACGGACAAAAACCGGAUUGCUAGCGAACAUGCACGAAUUCGUGUUCGGUUCGUCCUCAUCGAGGACGUCGAAACGCAGAACACAGCAAAGCACGUCCGCAACAUCUGCGUCAAAGCAUUUCCGUCGCGACCUGUUCGAGGCUGUGACAAACAGUCCGGAAAUGAAGAGAAAGAAACUAGAGCUCGUUUCUGAACAUGAUUCUCUGUGGCCAACAAAACACUCAGCAGCAGGAGCAUCCAUUGCUUCUUACUUCCAGGCACUGAUGCCGUUCAAGAAUCAGGAAGAUGAAAAUCUUUCCUGGGUCGAUUCUACCGCACUGUAUGAGGAAGAGCACAACUUGUUUUCUGAUGACGAGGGUGACAAGGCGCUCCGGAAACUGUUGAAUCAGCCGAAGAACAAGAACCCAGCGGAAUCGCGUGCAGAAGAGAUCAAGCGCUUGGUGGCGGAGAAUGACAGAUUGUACGACGAGAAACGAACACAAGCUAAGCAACACGCUUCAACAUCAUCACGACCUUCUACGCAUGCGGAAAACUCCGUCGGGGGCCGACAAUUAAGCAACUCCGACCGCGCGUGGUGGCACUACGACGAGACCGGUGCGAAGAAGGCGACGUCGACUUUAUCUGCAGUCGAGUCUCGUCGCCACCAAAAAGCCGCCCGCCUGUCAGAAGAACGCGGAAAGCGCGACGAAAAACUACAGUACUUGAACAGCAUGAAAACAAAGAAGGAAGAGAAGAAAAACGGGGAAAAAUCUUCUGCGAAACGGGAACUGGCGCCGAAAUCCGAAGACGGCAGCUACAACAUUCCCUCGCUAGCGUAUCGGAACCCUGGCUCUUACGCGUUUGGCACGAUUAAGAAGAAAAGCUGCAGCCGGGCACUGCGCGUCAGGAGGCGGUCAUUGGAAGAGAUGGAGCGAUUCGAAGCGGAUGAAAGUAAGUAG